AUGCCUAAGCUCGACCUCACACAGACAGCGCUUAUUAUACAGGCCGCUAAUGGCGCCGCGAAGGAGGCGCUGCGACUGCGACAGAACGAGCCCUACCAUAUUUACUCCGAUAUAAACAUCACUGUUGGUGGCGAGCCUGUUGACAUCGACCCUGAGAGCCGCGAAUGUACGCCCGCCGUGCCCUCUGCGGAGUCUGAGCUCCACUUACGAUUCGACAGCGAGAUGAAAGACCCUUCCAAGGGCUGGACCUUUGGUAUCAACAGUGCACAACAAAAGAUGUGUGAUAUCUUACUAGGGGCCCGUGGUGACGUCCGGCGCAGCGGCAAGAAGAUUAGCGCCAAACAUUUCCGGAUCUACUUCAAUUUUCAGUCGGGGAUCCUUGUGCUUCAAAACGAAUCCCAACAUGGUACCUCCUUACAUAUCAAAGGUGAAAAUCUGGGUGAAAUACGGCUUAAAGGUCGCGUGGGCCAGUCUCUCGACCCUACAAAGGUAACCGAAGUGACCGUGGCCGACCUCAACCUCCUGCUGUAUCAUCCAACUCUGAGUGAUGUGCAGAAACUCCAGCACCAGGAAAACUGGCAAGCGUUUGCUGCAAGAUGCAAAUCCGCAAUCCCUGGGCUCAGCCAGCUCGCCCUAUCCUCUUCAGCAAGCACUAGACCACCGUCCCAGCGAGCAGGGCUGCGUAACGGAUACUCUAUGUAUGACGAGAUUGGUCGAGGGGAAUUUGGGGUAGUUCGACGAGCUAUUCAGUAUCGCAGUGGGGCAGUGUAUGCCGCAAAGGAGUUCUUCAGAGUUAAGAGUAAACAGGAGGCCCAAAACUUCUCGGAAAUUGCUACACUUCAGCGCCUUUCGCAUCCGCAUAUUGUUGAAUUUGUGGAUGUGAUUGUAGAUCAAGCCGGCGUUGCGCUGAUCAUGGAUUUUAUGCCACUGGGUAACCUUAGAGAUCAACAUCGGCGCAAAAGGCUUUCCCGAAAUGAGUUGAAAAUUACCAUCCAGCAGGUUCUAGCAGCGAUUGCGUAUCUUCAUGGCAUAAAGCUCGUCCAUCGAGAUAUAAAACCGGAGAACAUACUCCUAAAGGAGUGGGAUCCCCCUAUUGUUAAAAUAUCUGAUUUCGGCCUAGCCACAAGAGAUGGCUUUCUGACUACGGAAUGCGGUACGAGAAAGUAUGCGGCACCAGAGGUUUACAUUAGCCAAUACGAUAAGAGCGUCGACAUUUGGUCGACUGGUAUAACCGCCUUGAGCAUCGCACAGGGGCUUCCUGAUGAGGAGGAUGGGUUCGUUUAUGGGGACUGGGCCGCAGAGGUCCAAAAAAUAGUGGCUGCAGCACAUAAAGAAAGAGGGGAUCCCUUUCUUGAGUUAUUGCGAGAGAUGCUCCAUAUCAAUCCCAAAGCCCGUCCGUCGGCAGAAGCUUGCGUAUCUGACCCCCGCCUCGCGCUAUCUCUGGGAGACAGCCAGUUUGAAUUUGACCAACGGAAUCAUGACGCGUGGGAAGAUUUGCCGACUGUAAUGUUUAGUCCGACCAGUGUCAUUCGUGACAUACGAGGUAGCGAAGCGCCUACUAACCAAAGAAGAUUCCGAAACAAUGCCCGACCAGAGCAAGAGGCCGUGGUAGACACAACUGCAGAUGCAACCGCAAAGGUAAUACAGGGUGAAUUCGUACCGAGCACCCUUGAUGAACAAUUAUUUGCCCAGCUCCCGCCGGUGGUUCCUCUGGACUACACCAUCCCCGAAGAUAUUUGUAUUUGGAGUCGGAAUUGUCAAUUAUCUGGUGUGCCCAUUGCGAAUGAAGCAUUGUGUGAACCUCCAGAGGCACUUCUUUUAGCACCUAAUCAUCCUCCACAACAGCAUGACGGAAAAGUUCUUGGAAAGAGAACCCGUGGACAAGAUUCUACAAUCCACAAAGCAUCCCCAACUAGCAAUGAAGAACUUGGCAUGAUACAGCUUGAAAUGUGGGUUAAUCGUGAUCGUAGCAAGGAUCCGCCAAGGGCAAUAAAUUUAACCAAAAUAUGCUGGGCCCUUCACUUUUCAAGGGAUAUCAUGAGGGCCUAUUUAAAGAAAGGACGCUGUAUAUCUUAUGUUAUGAAGAGUGGCCGGGGUAGUGUGAAACAAGGGACCUACGUUAGCCUGCCCUCUGCUAUCGCAUUCAUUGAGAAGUACCGGCCUGAUUUGAAGGAGCUUCUGGAUAAUCUUAAGCGCAUUAAUGAUGCUAUAGAUUAA